UCAGACUGAAAAAACAGCAAAAGACCCAAAAAAAAAGGCUUGCAUAUAACAAGUAUUUAACAGAUCUGCAAGAACCGCGAUUAAUUGGUAAAAUAAGAGGAUAUUAUUUAUACCAAAUACUACUACAUGCUGCACCGCCGGCUGGACAGGACAACCAAAAUGAAAUUCGCUGAUGUUGCGUUCUAUGUGCCAUGUAGCUAGGAAGCUAAGUACCUGUGAAUGGGGAAAGGAAGUACACGAUAGCUAGAUCUAGCUUGCAAGAAAUGUAAAGUGGCUAGCUAGCGAGUAAUUACACGUCAAAAUCGGAGAAAGAGAUCACAAUAAGUUAGCCAGCCAGGUAGUUAAAUUGAGAGUUGUAAUCGGCAAGGAAAACGGAUGACAACAACGCUACUCUCUCUACGCUUUCUACUGGAGAAUUGGAUGAUCAAGCUAACUUAGCCAUUGCUACCUAAAAAUCCACAGCUCGCUAGCCUACCUAGCUCUAGUAUUUCUCCAUGACAGAUAACGCUACUACUGUCUGAGCUAGCUUAGUAGAGAGCAAGCCAGCGUAGCUAACUGACGUUGACUAAGACCUGCCGAUCACCAGACAUAAGUACUUGUAUCUAGUUAUGACAGUCAAAUCAUUGGUGGCUAGUGCUAGCUAGCUGAUUAGCUAGCUAGCACUUGAAAUUUGUACUAUCAAAUAGUGCAACUUUUAACAUUAUUAAUCUAGACCGGUGAUGGUUGUCAGUUAGCCAGACGGAGCGGUGCUAGUUUACCCAACCCAGUUUGUCUGGAUAGUUUCCCCAUCGCACUGACUGUCAAAGGAACGGCGACCUCAUAUGGACACAUUGUCAUUUGCUAAGAAAGGUUCUUUGCUUUUAACAUUUCUUAACAACAAAUCCGUCGGGACUCGUGGGUCGCCAGAAACCUAUCGGUUUAAAUUAAGGCUUAGUUAGCUGUCUUGUUAGCCAGCCAAUGUUGUUAGCCUAAAUUGCUAACGUUACGUUAGCCAGGCUUUGCUCAUUCAAUCGCUGGCUAAUCCUAAACUCUAGUUAUAGCUAGGCUAUCUGUUAUACAGCUCCCAGGAAUUAUUGGUGACAGUUUCGAUUACAAGAUUGGAAAGCUAACAUCACUACAAUGAAGAAAUUUUUCGAUUCACGCCGGGAACUUGUAAGUUCUGGGCCUGGUUCUGGAGCGGGUGGCGGAGGUGGUGGAUCUAGUUGUGGCAGCUUCAUUGGACGGGUUUUCACCAUUGGACGGUAUCAAGUCACAGUUGAGGAAACAGUUGCUGAAGGAGGCUUCGCUAUUGUCUUCCUGGUGAGGACUCACCAGGGCGUGCGCUGCGCCCUCAAGAGGAUGUACGUCAACAACGAACACGACCUGCAGAUCUGCAAGCUGGAGAUCCAGAUCCAGAGGGACCUGGUGGGCCACAAGAACAUCGUGGGGUUCCUGGAUUCCAGCAUCACUGCCGUGGGGGCAGGAGAUGUCUGGGAGGUUCUCAUCCUCAUGGACUUCUGCAGAGGAGGGCAGGUGGUGAACCUGAUGAACCAGAGGUUGCAGACCGGCUUCACGGAGGCCGAGGUGCUGCAGAUCUUCUGUGACACCUGCGAGGCAUUGGCCCGUCUCCACCAGUGCAAGACGCCAAUCAUCCACCGCGACCUGAAGGUGGAGAACAUCCUGCUCCACGACCGGGGCCACUACGUCCUGUGUGACUUUGGCAGCGCCACCAACCGCUUCCAGAACCCCCAGACAGAGGGCGUGCCCGUGGUGGAGGAAGAGAUCAAGAAGUACACCACACUGUCGUACCGGUCUCCUGAGAUGGUCAACCUUUACGGAGGCAAGGUCAUCACUACAAAGGCUGACAUCUGGGCCAUGGGCUGCCUGCUCUACAAGCUGUGCUACUUCACGUUGCCCUUCGGGGAGAGCCAGGUGGCUAUCUGCGACGGCAGCUUCACAAUCCCCGACAACUCCCGCUACUCCCACGACAUGCACUGCCUCAUCCGAUACAUGCUGGAGCCUGACCCAGACAUGCGUCCGGAUAUCUACCAAGUGUCGUACUUUGCCUUUAAGCUGGCCAGGAGAGACUGUCCCGUCCAGAACGUUCAUAUCUCCUCCGUUCCCGCCAAACUCCCCGAGCCAAUCAGAGCCAGCGAAGCGGUGGCCAAGAAGAGCCAGAGCCAGAGCAAAGCCAGGCUUACAGACCCUGUGCCCACCCUGGAGACCUCCAUAGCCCCGCGCCAGCGCCCCAAGGCGGGCCAGGCCCAGCCCAUCGGCAUCCUGCCCAUCCAGGCUGCCCUCACCCCCCGCAAGAGGCCCGCCGUGGCGGCAGGGGGCCCGUCGACCAUGGGUGUCGGUACGGGUGUGGCCCUUCCCGCUGCCAGCGUCCAAUCAGCUCAGCAGGCCCCUGUGGGCCAGCCGGGCCCCUCGCCGGCCCAGGCCACGCCCCAGGCCACGCCCCAGCACCAGCAGGUCUUCAUGCAGCAGCACCCUGCUCCCUUCUUCAUCCCGCAGCACCAGCUCAACCAGCAGCAUCCACUGGUGCAGCAGCCGCAGUGCCCCGCUCCCACCCUCCAGUCCUCUGCACCAGGCCAGCCCUCUGCACCAGGCCAGCCCUCUGCACCAGGCCAGCCCUCUGCACCAGGCCAGCCCUCUGCACCAGGCCAGCCCUCUGCACCAGGCCAGCCCUCUGCACCAGGCCAGCCCUCUGCACCAGGCCAGCCCUCUGCACCAGGCCAGCCCUCUGCACCAGGCCAGCCCAGGGCUAAGCCUCUGGUUCCAGCUGCUCCCGUGCAGCAUCAGCCAUCCAUCCCUGCCGUGGUGACCCCCGACCCCGCGGCGCUCCCUCCAGCCCAGCCCGCCACCCCCAGCCCUCCAGCCCCCGGCCCUGCAGAUGACCCUGACGCCAUGACCCCUGGCCGCGGGGCGCACAAGGUCGGCUCCCUGACGCCCCCCUCGUCCCCCAAGAUGGCCGCCCGGGGCGGGCACCGGCGCAUCCUGAGCGACGUCACCCACAGCGCCGUGUUCGGCGUCCCCGUCAGCAAGUCCACCCAGCUGCUGCAGGCGGCGGCGGCCGAGGCCGGCCUCAACAAGUCCAAGUCGGCCAGCACGACCCCGUCGGGCUCGCCCUGUUCCUCCCAGCAGAGCGUGUAUCAGCCGGGUGAGCCGGGGGCCCCGGCCGCCUCCGCCGCCCCGGCCGCCUCCGGCGCCCAGCCCAGCUGGAACCCAUUCGGGGACGACAACUUCUCCAAACUGACGGCAGAGGAGCUGCUGAACAAGGACUUUGCGAAGCUGGCCGAGACCAGGCCAGGUGAGAGCCUCAUCCCAGGCCUGCAGCCGCUCUCCGCUGCCGCAGGGGGAGCCAAAGCAUUCCCAGCUGAGAGAACUGCUGACAUCCUGGGUUUGGAUGCCGGCUCAGCGCUGUUGAGUGUCCCUGAUCCCUUUAACGCCCUGUCCCUCUCUAGCACUCCAGAGAAGCUGAUCGAGGGGCUCAAGUCCCCAGAGACCUCUCUGCUGCUCCCUGACCUCUUACCCCUGAAUGACCCCUUCAGUAGCUCUGCAGAGGGGCAUUGCCAUGCAGGAAAAGCAGAGAUGAGCGUGGACUCCCUGAUCGCAGGCCUGGAUGCCCCCCAGACCCAGAGACUGCCAGCCCAGCCGGAGCCCUCCUCAGCCGCCAGCCUGACAGACCCUCUGGUUGGCGAGGCCUCUCUCCUGGGCUGUUCUCUGCUGCCUCACCACCCCACCCCUGUGUCCGCCCCAGCCUCCUCCUCCUCCGCCCCUCCCGGCUCCUGUCUGGACGAGCUAGCCUCCAUAUCUCUGAACCCUGGCCAGCCAGCUCUCGACUCUGCUAUCCUCACCUGCGGGGAGAAGGGCCCCGAGGACGAGUUCGACCCCAUCCCCGUGCUCACCUCUAAAAGCACCAGUCAAGAGCCGGCCGGGGAGAGCAACGGCUACGAUGUGCUGAGCGAGGCCCCUGAGGCGGAACUUCUGGAAGACUGCCUCGGAGCGACCCAGGGCUGUGUCCACUCCAGUGACGAAGACGAGGAGGAGGAGGAUGAGGAGGAGGAGGGAGCCGAGGAGCAGGGGAGAGGGGCCGUGGAGAACCACUCUGCAGGGGCCCCAGACUGCAGCGGCUCCCAGCCCCUCCUGCUCGAUUCGGAGGAGGAGGAGGACGUUCCCGACUUCCCCCCCCAGCCGUCUCAGGCGCCCUUGCCUCAGCCUCUACCCUCCACCCCCUCCCACCAGCCUGGCCCCGGCCCCCUCAAGCAGACCUCCCUGGGGUCAGAGGCCCCGCCCGACGUGUUCUCCAAAGCCCCCUUUCGUAUCGGGCAAGGAGAAGCCGGCGACGUGUUUGCCAACGCCCCCUUCGUCCGCCCCCCAUCCGUGGUCCACGCCCAUCCCGACGUCUUCCUCCAGGCCCCCUUUGGGAAGAGGAAGGAGGCGACGGGGGUCGUCGGGCAGCCCGCCCAGCCAAAGCACGCAUACCCAGCCAUGGUCCACCCUGAACAAGCCCUCCUGGACCAGGUGGCCUCCCAGCCGUUCCGACCCCAGGCCCUGGCCAAGUAUUCCAGGCACUUUGAGGGCCCCGUGCCCCCCCAGCAGCAGCCUGUGUCGGCCCACAGGGGCACCUCCGGUGUGAACAGGCAGGCCUCCCUGGGCUCGGCUCCCCCGGGGCCCCUGCACUCAUGGGCCUCUGAGGUGAACGCUGCCGUGGAUCCCUUCGUCUCGGCGCCCUUCCACCUCAAGGCCCCGCAGGACAAGCCCUGAGCAGGGGGGCAGUGAUCUGGAGGGGCUGGGAGGGGGGGAAGGGGCGUGUUGGAGCCGUUAACACGGAGCACUAUGGUAGAGUUGGCACGCUGCAUGCUGCACCCAGCGCUUAGGCUGGGCUGCAUGGAACUCGCUCAUUCCAUCCUCGACUGACUUGACUGUGACUCGAUCGGAAGCUCGCGGUCGAAGCACUCUCCCGCUGCGGUUAGAAUAAGGAGGUUUAGAUCAAUCUCAGUUAUCUCCGUGCUGGACCCUGUUAUACUCAUGUUAUAGUCAUGCACAGACAUUAUGGGGAAGGGGGGGGGGGGGUAGAGAUGGUGGUUUGGUUUUUUUCUUGUUUUUUUUCUCGCCUACCUCAGUUAGAGUUUUCCUAUGAGAGCGCAUUCUUACUGAUGGAGAGCUACACUAGGGGCCUCCUCAGAGUGUUUCUUUGCCUUCCUCCUUCCCUCCACCAUUCCUUCCUGUUCUCCAUCGGCAACGGCUCCACUUCCUCUCCUACCCCCAGCUAUGGUGCGUCCUGUUACUGUGACAACCAUUUCUGUACUCUGUCACUUAGCUACCUUCACCAGGAGCACCAGUCAAGCCUGCUGUACUGGGACAUCUGUAAGGAGACCAUUUUUUUUUUUUUUUUUUUUAUGAGUGAAUGAUUUUUCCAAGGUUUCAUUUCAUCUUUAUAGGUAUAAUAAUGGCAUUUAAACUCUCGGCAGUGCUGUCAUAUUUUGGUAAUUUAUGUAGGGUUAUAAUCAGAUGCUGGAUUAUGUUGCACAUGUAAUGAAUUGUGAGGAGAUAUUUUAGCCGUUUUGAUUUGUAUUGUCAUUAAUCGUGUCCUAUGUUUUAUGUGGUCCUUUGAUUUUCUAUUCUGUAACCAACAUUGCUGAAAUCACAAAACUAUGUUGUUGUUUUUUGGGGUAUAUCCAUGUACAAUCUCACUCCAUGUAUUAUGUCAGUCUUGCACAUCUUUGACAUAUACGUUAUGCAAGUCUGUCCUCCAGGUCUACCAAGUGCCGGCUUUUCAGCAAACAUGCCUGUAUUAACGUCACUCCGUUUGUGUGUGUGUGUGCGUCUGUUGGUCAUCGUCACAUCACAGUAAUGGAGAAAACCAAGAAUCUACAGUUACACUUAUUCUGAGGCCUUGAACUCUUCAGCCCAUGUCCGCACGGGCCCACGGGCCCUUCGUCAUAUCUCCCGUGGCCCGCUCAGGAUCCCUCUCUCCUCCUCCAGCUGCUCAUAUGCGAUCACUCCGAGCGCCGCGUCCUCAAUCAGCACUGGAUCAUUUCCUGCUCUCCCUUCAUUGUCGAUGGGACGGCUUUUUCGGAAUGUACUUGAGCUCUUACAGGGCGUAUGCUUGGCUCCAUGCAUUCACCAUAAGCAGUCACCUAUCUCCACGUCUUAUCGUACACCGUGGCAAUUUGGCGCGGCCUGAAUCGAAACUCAAUAUGGUAUGGAAGAGAGGUUUGUGUGCUUUCCGAAUGGCUGUCGUAGAAUAGAAUCUGAAGCACUUGUUAUUCCCUACUUUAAUGAUGAGGUGAUGGGAACCAUUGUAGAGACCCAUAGCUGUUUCCUGUGAAGCUCGAUGACAAUUGCUGAUUUUACAGGAAUCAAUUUUGAGUUUUGUUUUACUUUCCUUAAUUUGAGUGUAUGGCAAGUCUUAUCUUCACUGUAUGGCAGUUUUGCUGUGCAAAUGAAGACUGCAUCAGCAAUGAUUAUGUUCUACAAAAUACAUUUGUUGUGGUGAUGCAUUUUGUGAACACUUUCUUUCUUUGCUGUAGUUUGUUAGAAAGUGAGGCAUCUUAUUCAACAGUAAGCCCCACCUGCUAAAAACUAUGGCACCCAUAUCAAAGUACUUGAGUCAUCCAAAGCUUGCCUUUGAUGAAAACCAUGAUGUGUUGUAUGUCAUAUAAAUAUUAUUAAAUGAAUGUAA